UGUGUUCCUCCGUAGGAACACUUUUCUUCUUCACACUGCUUCCUUUUCAUCUUUCCGUUACAAUAAUGUUUUCUUUCUUCCAGCUUCAUAUCGAAACCCCGCAGAUUUCUUAUAAUUCUUUCUUGUGAAACCCCCUUUAAUUACCUCUGUUUUUCUCUGGAACAACAUUCAAUCGUUGUUGGUUUUCUAGAUUCUUGAAGUUAGUUAGAUACAGUUGUGUUUUUUGAAGAUUUUCAUGAGAGAUGGAGAAUCCCAGUGUUUUUGACGAUGAAAUGAAUCUGCCUCCGGGGUUCCGAUUCCACCCCACCGACGAGGAACUCAUAACCCAUUACUUGUCGCCGAAGUCUGUUGACGCCGCCUUCUCCGCCGUGGCUAUUGGCGAGGUGGAUUUGAAUAGGGUUGAGCCCUGGGAAUUGCCAUGGAGAGCGAGAAUGGGGGAGAAGGAAUGGUAUUUCUUCUGCGUGAGAGACCGGAAGUAUCCGACGGGGAUGAGAACGAACAGAGCGACGGAAUCUGGGUACUGGAAAGCCACCGGAAAAGAUAAGGAGAUUUUCACGGCGAAAACUCUGGUGGGAAUGAAGAAGACGCUGGUUUUUUACAGUGGAAGAGCGCCCAGAGGUGAAAGAACUAACUGGGUAAUGCAUGAAUAUAGAUUGGAAGGCAAUCAUCAAACCUUUCAGACUGAAUGGGUGAUAUGCCGGAUUUUCAAGAAGACUGCCGGCGGCAAGAAAAUACAUAUUUCAGCGCUGAUCGGAGGCGGCGGCGAUUGCAGCAAAAACUCCACACCGCCGUCGACAUCUCUGCCGCCGUUAAUGGAUAUAUCUCAGACAACUUGUUUCUCCGACUCCGCAGAUGAUGAUCAGAAGCCCAUCAUGGCCUCAAGUUUCGCUUCUUCUCCGUCACCGUCGAAGAACUCCGACGUCUCUCCGGCACCCCUCAUUUUCCCCGCCGAUCCCACCCCAACCUACUUCCAUUCCGACCAGAUGAUCCCGUACGCCGACAACAUGGAUUUCUCCGACUCCGGGAUGACGCAGCAAGACCACUCCAUUACGAGGUUUUUGCUGGAGGAACCGCCGUUUCUGAUGACCUCAGCAGCCGCCGGUCCGGUGGACAUCGGUUGUCUCUGGGAUUAUUGAUUUUCAGAUGAUUGUUAGUUGGUAUUAAGGGUGUGAUUAGUGCAAAAGUGGUUGGUAUAAUUUAGAUGAUUAGGUUUGUUAAUACAGAAAAUUAAAGUUCUAUUUGACUGUAAAUCUUGACGGUUUCAAUCAUUACAACUUUCUUAGUAA